UGCGGGAGGCGUGGGUUGAAGCGAGGAAUCGUUUGUCGGACGGAGGUGGCGGCCGUGGCCCGGAGAUCAAGGCAGAGGAGGCGGCUAAGUUCGGGCUCGACACUCGCUGAAAGUCGCACCGCUGUUUCUUUCCAGCAACCUCAGUGACGAUAAGGAAGGCGGCGAGGGAGUGACCUGCCGGCGGGUCGCUGUCAGAUAGCACGGACACCCAGAGGUAGAGGGUCGCGUCCAACCGGAGCAACUCGCCCGGGACAACACCCUCGCCACCAGCUCCGCCACUUAGCAUGGACGGCCAGCAGCCGCCGCCGGGGAGCGACUCGCCGCCCCGCAACCGGGACCGACCGACUACGAAGAAGAAGCCUCCUGAAGAUGAUCCGAGGAACAAACCCAAGCUGAAUCUUAACAUAAAAACUUUGGCGGAUGAUGUGCGUGACAGAUUGACCAGUUUUCGAAAGUCAACUGCAAAGAAAGAAAAACCUCACAUACAGCAUCCAACUGACUCCCAAGCAGUUAUGUGCGACUUGCCUUUAGCACAACCUGUGUUUGAAGAAUGUUUCAUGAAUCUUUCCGAGAAGGAGAUUUUGGACCUCUUCGAGAAGAUGAUGGAUCAAGAGCUUCAAAUUCUUGGGAGUGCAUAUCUCUGAAGAUCUUUCCUGGUCCGAGAACACCGAUGCAAUCAAAAAGAAAGCACAUCAGCGCCUCUACUUCCUGAGAAGAUUACGGAGAGUCGAUAUGUCAAGGAGGACUCUCUCUAACCUCCACAGGUGCACAGUAGAGAGCAUGCUGACUGGUUGCAUCGUGGUUCGGAAACUUGAGCGCCCUGGAGCUGAAAAGACUACAAAAAGUAGUAAACAAAACUCUGAACAUUAAUAGAACAUUAUCUGCUAUUUGCAUUUUACCAGUUUAUUUAUUCAUGUGUGUAUAUAUCCAUAUAAUGGUAUAUGGACACACUGAUCUGUUUUGUAGUCAAUGCCUACUAUGUUCUGUUGUGCGGAAGCAAAGCAAGAAUUUCAUUGUCCUAUCAGGGACACAUGGCAAUAAACUCUCUUGAAUCUUGGAUAUACCAAUUAAUUAACCAUGAAUAAAUG